GCGUUGAAAUCGGGGUUUAAAUAAAAUCCUGGAUAAGCGAAUCCAAUAUCGGGGUUAGAGUCAACCAUCUACAUUGUAUGGAUUUUUGACCAUUCAGCACGGGUUCCAUUUGCAAAGUGAUGCUACACAGAAGAGCUAGUAGUUGGCUAGCUAACUAAUGUUGACGGUUGGAGUUCGAAAGGCGUUUGGCAUCUGUUUUCACCAGCGACGUUGUUCAGGGCUGUGCUUCCGCCAUGUUGAAGCGGUUCUCUGCUAGCAGCAAGCUGUGACUGACUGGCUAGGACCGAACUGACUAGAUAGAGUCGGGGGGGCUGCUACCGCGCUGGUGACGCAGGAAAAACACCCAAGAUAUGACCAAAAAAAACCAAGGAACCAGGUUAUUCUAACAGACAGUUGAGCUUAAUAUGAAAUAGCAGUAUAUAGGACACAUUUAUGUCAUAAACAUCGACACAAUCGUCAAGGCUGGAGUAGUUCGUGAAUAGAGAAGUCCUAUCAAAUUCAUGGUUAUGCAAUGGUCUCAGCGGCCCGUCCAGAUCUCCAGGUGGUUCUGUCCCUCUCUCUCGUGCCACGGCCGCUGCUCUCCUCCCUCUGCUCUGCCUCUGAGGUUGCUGAGGCGCCUCCUGUGAUUUCCCUCCUGGCCAGUGCUCCCUAAAAGAGGCCAAGAUCUGCCCCGUAGCGAGCAUGACGGCCACCACUCGUGGCUCUCCUGUUGGGGGCAACGACAACCAGGCAGGCCAGGCACCCGACGCUCAGAGUCAGAGCCAGCCCCCGCUGCCACAGAACCAGACGUCGUCCCCUAACUCCACCAAUGAGAACUCUCCAGUGAGCCCCCCAGAUGAGCAGGGUCAGGGGGACGCCCCCCCCCAGCUGGAGGAGGAGGAGCCGGCCUUCCCUCACACAGACCUGGCCAAGCUGGAUGACAUGAUCAACAGACCCCGCUGGGUUGUUCCAGUUCUUCCAAAGGGAGAGUUAGAGGUUCUUCUAGAAGCUGCUAUAGAGCUUAGUAAAAAAGGACUUGAUGUGAAGUGUGAGGCGUGCCAGAGGUUUUUCCGAGAUGGCCUGACCAUCUCCUUCACCAAGAUCCUUACAGACGAGGCCGUCAGCGGGUGGAAGUUUGAGAUCCAUAGGUGUAUCAUCAACAACACACACCGGCUGGUGGAGCUGUGUGUGGCCAAGCUCUCUCAGGACUGGUUCCCCUUGCUGGAGCUGCUGGCCAUGGCCACCAACCCCCACUGCAAGUUCCACAUCUACAACGGCACACGGCCCUCUGAGACGGUGCCUGCCGGGGUGCAGCUGGCCGAUGACGAGCUCUUCGCCCGCCCCCCUGACCCUCGCUCCCCCAAGGUAGGGUCCGAAUUCAAGGGCUGGUUGGUGGAUUUAAUAAACAAAUUUGGCUCGUUAAAUGGGUUUCAAACACUGCACGAUCGCUUCAUAGGUGGCCAAGCACUGAACGUCCAGAUCAUCGCCGCACUUAUCAAGCCUUUUGGGCAGUGUUACGAGUUCCUCACAUUGCACACGGUGAAGAAGUACUUCCUGCCCAUCAUCGAGAUGGUUCCUCAGUUUCUGGAGAACCUGACAGAUGAGGAGCUGAAGAAGGAGGCCAAGAACGAAGCCAAAAAUGACGCCCUGUCCAUGAUCAUCAAGUCCCUAAAGAACCUGGCCUCCAGGGUGCCUGGGCAGGAGGAGACCGUGAAGAGUUUAGAGAUUUUUAGGUUAAAAAUGAUUCUUAGGUUAUUGCAAAUUUCCUCUUUUAAUGGCAAAAUGAAUGCACUAAAUGAAGUAAACAAGGUAAUCUCAAGUGUGUCCUACUACACACAUCGACAUGGCAACCCUGAGGAGGAGGAGUGGCUUACUGCAGAACGCAUGGCGGAGUGGAUCCAGCAGAACCACAUCCUGUCCAUCGUGCUGAGGGACAGUCUGCACCAGCCUCAGUACGUAGAGAAACUAGAGAAGAUACUUCGCUUCGUCAUCAAAGAGAAAGCUCUUACCAUGCAAGACCUGGACAACAUCUGGGCUGCACAGGCUGGUAAACAUGAGGCCAUCGUGAAGAACGUCCACGACCUCCUGGCCAAGCUGGCCUGGGACUUCUCUCCUGAGCAGCUCGACCACCUCUUUGACUGCUUCAAGGCGAGUUGGACAAACGCUAGUAAGAAGCAGCGUGAGAAGCUGCUGGAGCUGAUCCGUCGUCUGGCGGAGGAUGACAAGGAUGGAGUGAUGGCCCACAAGGUGCUGAACCUGUUGUGGAACCUGGCUCACAGCGAUGACGUGCCUGUAGACAUCAUGGACCAGGCCCUCAGUGCUCACAUCAAGAUACUGGACUACAGUUGCUCUCAGGAUCGAGACACGCAGAAGAUCCAGUGGAUCGAUCGCUUCAUAGAAGAGUUGCGCACCAAUGACAAAUGGGUGAUUCCUGCACUAAAGCAGAUCCGAGAGAUCUGUAGCCUGUUCGGAGAGGCUCCUCAGAAUCUCAGAAAGAAAAUUCCUAUUAACAUACAAACGAACUUAGCGGGUCAGACCCAGAGGAGUCCUCAUGUGUUCUAUCGUCAUGACCUGAUCAACCAGCUCCAACACAACCAUGCUCUGGUCACGCUGGUGGCUGAGAACCUUUCUGCCUACAUGGAGACCAUGAGGCAGUUCUCUAAAGCUGAGCAGGCAGAGUUUGACCCUCAGACGGUGAGGGCAGGGAGCCGCUACAGCCACGUACAGGAAGUCCAGGAGAGACUCAACUUCCUGAGGUUCCUGCUGAAGGAUGGCCAGUUGUGGCUCUGUGCUCCUCAGGCCAAACAGAUCUGGAAGUGCCUGGCCGAAAACGCUGUCUUCCUAUGUGAUAGAGAGGCCUGCUUCAAAUGGUACGCUGCCAUCAUCAAUAUUAUCACCUCGAAAGGGUACUCCAAGCUGAUGGGAGAUGAGCCAGACCUGGACCCAGACAUUAACAAGGACUUCUUUGAGAACAACGUACUCCAGCUGGACCCGUCUCUGCUCACAGAGAACGGCAUGAAGUGCUUCGAGAGGUUCUUCAAGGCUGUCAACUGCCGGGAGGGAAAGCUGGUGGCCAAACGCAGGGCCUACAUGAUGGACGACCUGGAGCUCAUAGGACUGGACUACCUCUGGAGGGUCGUAAUUCAAGGGAGCGAUGACAUCGCCAGUCGAGCCAUAGACCUGCUGAAAGAGAUCUACACCAACCUCGGACCAAAACUACAAGUCAAUCAGGUAGAGAUCCACGAGGAUUUCAUCCAGUCGUGCUUCGACCGUCUGAAGGCGUCGUACGAUACGCUGCGUGUCCUGGACAGGGACAAGGACAGCAUCAACUCGGCCCGGCAGGAAGCCAUCCGCAUGGUCCGCGUGCUCACUGUGCUCAAGGAGUACAUCAACGAGUGUGACAGCGACUACCACGAGGAGAGGACCAUACUGCCCAUGUCCAGGGCGUUCCGGGGGAAGCACAUCACGUUGACCGUGCGUUUCCCUAACCAGGGCCGUCAGGUAGAUGACCUGGACAUCUGGUCUCACACCAACGACACCAUCGGCUCGGUGCGCCGUGGCAUCCUCACACGCAUCAAGGCCAACGCCACGCACACCAAGAUAGAGCUCUUCAUUGGCGGGGAUGUCGUCGACCCGGCCGAUGACAGAAAGCUGAUUGGCCAGCUCAACCUCAAAGACAAAACGUUGAUCACAGCCAAGCUGACCCAGGUGAGUGCCAACAUGCCAUCCAGUCCAGACAGCUCCUCUGACUCUUCCACCGGCUCACCUGGUAACCACGGCAACCACUUCAGCGAUGGGCCCAACCCAGAGGUGGAGAGCUGUCUCCCUGGAGUGAUCAUGUCUCUCCACCUGCGCUACAUAUCUUUCCUGUGGCAGGUAGCGGACCUGGGCUGUGGCAUUAACAUGCCUCUGUUACGAGAUGGAGCCAGGGUACUCAUGAAGCUAAUGCCUCCAGAUAACAGUACCGUGGAGAUCCUGCGUGCCGUGUGUCUGGACCAUGCCAAGCUGGGAGAGAACAGCCUCAGCCCCACACUGGACUCGCGCUUCUUUGGCCCCUCGCCAUCACAAGUCCUCUACCUCAUAGAGGUGGUGUAUGCCCUACUCAUGCCAGCCAGCGCCACAUUGGGGGAGGAUGCCAGCGACUUCCAGUACAACUUCCUGAAGAGUGGCGGGCUGCCUCUUGUACUGAGCAUGCUCACACGGAACAAUUUCCUGCCUUCGGCCGACAUGGAGACACGGCGAGGGGCGUACCUCAACUCUCUGAAGAUCGCCAAGCUGCUGCUCACCGCCGUGGGGUUCGGACACGUUAAAGCUGUGGCCGAAGCCUGCCAGCCCAAUGCUGAGGGGACCAUACCAGUCUCACCGAUCAACCAGGCCACUCAUGACCAAGCCCUUGUCCUCCAGAGUGCCCUGCAAAACAUCCCCAACCCUGCCUCAGAGUGUAUGCUCCGCAACGUAGCUAUACGCCUGGCUCAGCAGAUCUCUGACGAGAACUUCUUCCAGGCGUCCAAGUACAUCCCAGACAUAUGUGUGAUCCGGGCGGUGCAGAAGAUAGUGUGGGCGUCGGGCUGCGGCACCGUACAGCUAGUCUUUAGCUCCAACGAAGAGAUCAGCAAGAUCUACGAGAAGACGAAUGCGUCUAAGGAGCCGGACGGGGAGGAUGAGCAGGUGUGUUGUGAGGCCCUGGAGAUCAUGACCCUGUGUUUCUCCCUGCUGCCCACCGCUCUGGACACACUCAGCAAGGAGAAGGCCUGGCAGACCUUCAUUAUAGACCUGCUAAUGCACUGCCACAGCAAGUCAGUUCGUCAGAUGGCCCAGGAGCAGUUCUUCCUCAUGGCCACCAGGUGUUGCAUGGGCCAUCGACCCCUUCUCUUCUUCAUCACCCUCCUCUUCACUGUGCUGGGGAGCACCGCUAAGGAGCGGGCCAAGCAUGCUGGGGACUACUUCACCCUGCUCAGGCACCUCCUGAACUACGCCUACAACAGCAACAUCAACCUGCCCAACGCAGAGGUGCUGCUCAACAAUGAAAUCGACUGGCUCAAGAGGAUCAGGGAUGAGGUAAAGAGGACAGGGGAGACGGGCGUAGAGGAAACCAUCCUGGAAGGCCACAUCGGGAUCACCAAGGAGCUGCUGGCCUUCCAGACAUCAGAGAAGAAGUACUACAUCGGCUGUGAGAAGGGAGGGGCCAACCUCAUCAAGGAGUUGAUAGAUGACUUCAUUUUCCCAGCAUCGAAUGUGUACCUGCAGUACAUGAAGAGUGGGGAGUUCCCCACGGAGCAAGCCAUCCCUGUCUGUAGCAGCCCCGCCUCUAUCAACGCAGGCUUCGAGCUGCUGGUGGCGCUGGCGGUGGGCUGUGUCCGGAAUCUAAAGCAGAUGGUCGACACGCUCACUGAUAUGUACUACCUAGGUUGUGAGGCUCUGACAGAGUGGGAGUAUCUCCCCCCGGUGGGACCGAGGCCCACUAAAGGCUUUGUGGGACUGAAGAACGCCGGAGCCACCUGCUACAUGAACUCAGUCAUCCAGCAGCUCUACAUGAUCCCGCCCAUACGCAAUGGCAUUCUGGCCAUCGAGGGCACCGGCACCGAUGUGGACGAUGACAUGUCCGGUGAUGAGAAGCAGGAGAACGAGAGUAAUGUGGACCCACGAGAUGAGGUGUUCAACUACCACCACCAGUUUGACGACAAGCCAUCGCUCAGUAAGUCGGAGGACAGGAAGGAGUACAACAUCGGGGUGCUGCGCCACCUGCAGGUCAUCUUUGGCCACCUGGCCUCCUCCAGACUGCAGUACUACAUACCGAGAGGCUUCUGGAAACAGUUCAGGUUAUGGGGUGAGCCGGUGAACCUGCGAGAGCAGCACGAUGCCCUGGAGUUCUUCAACUCUCUAGUGGACAGUCUGGACGAGGCUCUGAAAGCCUUGGGUCACCCAGCCAUGCUCAGUAAGGUGCUGGGUGGAUCCUUUGCUGACCAGAAGAUCUGCCAGGGGUGCCCACAUAGGUAUGAGUGUGAGGAGUCGUUCACCACUCUGAAUGUAGACAUCAGGAACCACCAGAACCUGUUGGACUCAAUGGAGCAGUACGUCAAAGGAGACCUGCUGGAGGGUGCUAACGCAUACCACUGUGAGAAGUGCAACAAGAAGGUGGACACAGUGAAGCGACUGCUGAUCAAGAAGCUUCCCCCAGUGCUAGCCAUCCAGCUGAAGAGGUUUGACUACGACUGGGAGAGGGAGUGUGCCAUCAAGUUCAACGACUACUUUGAGUUCCCCAGGGAGCUGGACAUGGAGCCCUACACAGUAGCCGGGGUGGCCAAGCUGGAGGGGGACGACGUCAACCCAGAGAACCAGGUGAUCCAGCAGAACGAGCCCUCUGAACCAGAGCCCCCAGGCAGCUCCAAGUACCGCCUGGUUGGGGUGCUGGUCCACUCAGGCCAGGCCAGCGGCGGACACUACUACUCCUACAUCACACAGAGGAACGUGGGUGGGGCAGACGGCGAGCGGAACCGCUGGUACAAGUUUGACGACGGCGACGUGACGGAGUGCAAGAUGGACGACGAGGAGGAGAUGAAGAACCAGUGCUUCGGAGGGGAGUACAUGGGCGAGGUGUUUGACCACAUGAUGAAGAGGAUGUCGUACCGGCGUCAGAAACGCUGGUGGAACGCAUACAUCCUCUUCUACGAGCGGAUGGACUCACUGGACAAGGACAGUGAGCUGGUCAAAUACAUUCAGGAGCUGACCAUCUCGUCCUCGUCCAACAACAAGCCGUCGCACCAGGUCAAGAUGCCCGGUGUAAUCGAGUGCAGUGUGCGCAAGCAGAACGUGCAGUUCUUGCACAAUCGUAUGCAGUACAGCCUGGAGUAUUUCCAGUUUGUUAAGAAACUUCUGACCUGUAACAGUGUCUAUUUAAACCCUCCGCCAGGACAAGACCAUCUACUGCCUGAGGCGGAGGAGAUGGCUAUGAUUAGUGUUCAGCUGGCUGCUAAGUUCCUCUUCAGCACUGGGUUCCACACCAAGAAAGUAGUGAGGGGGCCCGCCAGUGACUGGUAUGAUGCGCUUUGCGUCCUGCUGAGACACAGUAAGAAUGUACGCUACUGGUUUGCACACAACUUCCUGUUUGCCUACGCCAACCGCUUCUCUGAGUACCUGCUGGAGUGCCCCAGUGCCGAGGUCCGGGGCGCGUUCGCCAAACUUAUCGUCUUCAUUGCACACUUCUCCCUGCAAGACGGACCCUGCCCCUCCCCCACUGCCUCUCCUGUCGGAGCCUCCACCCAACCACAGGCAUGUGAUAACCUGAGUCUCAGUGACCACCUGUUGAGGACUGUGUUGAACCUGCUCAGGAGAGAGGUGUCAGAGCACGGCCGACACCUGCAGCAGUACUUCAACCUCUUCGUUAUGUAUGCCAACCUGGGGCUGGCAGAGAAGACCCAGUUGUUGAAGCUGAGUGUCCCAGCUACCUUCAUGCUGGUGGCUCUAGACGAGGGGCCUGGCCCUCCCAUAAAGUACCAGUAUGCUGAACUAGGCAAACUGUACACCGUAGUCUCCCAACUGGUGCGCUGCUGUGACGUGGCCGCGCGCAUGCAGUCCUCCAUCAAUGGUAACCCCCCUCUCCCUAACCCGUACGGUGAUGCCAACCAGACCACCCCGGUAAUGCCUGUGCAGCAGCUGGUGGGAGAGAUCCUGUUCGUAAGGACCAGCUACGUGAAAAAGAUCAUUGAGGACUGCAGCAACUCAGAGGAGACGGUCAAGCUGCUGCGCUUCAGCUGCUGGGAAAACCCCCAGUUCUCCUCCACUGUACUAUCAGAGCUGCUCUGGCAGGUGGCGUACUCGUACACCUACGAGCUGAGGCCUUACCUGGACCUGCUGCUGCAGAUCCUGCUCAUUGAGGACUCCUGGCAGACUCACAGGAUCCACAACGUGCUGAAGGGUAUACCAGAUGACAGGGAUGGCCUAUUUGACACCAUCCAGCGCUCCAAGAACCACUACCAGAAACGGGCCUACCAGUGUAUCAAGUGCAUGGUAGCCCUCUUCAGCAACUGCUCUGUGGCCUACCAGAUACUACAGAGUAACGGGGAUCUGAAGCGUAAGUGGACGUGGGCAGUGGAGUGGCUAGGUGACGAGCUGGAAAGGAGGCCCUACACAGGGAACCCUCAGUACACCUACAACAACUGGUCUCCCCCAGUCCAGAGCAACGAGACCUCCAACGGAUACUUCCUGGAGCGCUCGCACUCCGCACGCAUGACCCUGGCCAAGGCCUGUGAACUCUGCCCUGAGGAGUGUCACUUAACGAAGCACGGUGAGGCGGUGUCUGAAGAAGACGCUGCAAUGCGGAAAUCGUCCUCGCCACAGCAGCUUUUGCCAGGGGAAGGGACAGGACAGCAGCACACUGAGCCCGAUGACCAGGAACCCCCUGAAGAUCAGGACACCUCCCUUCCAGAUGACAUCUCCCUCUACCCUCAUUCGUCUCCAGGGACUACGACACAGUUUCAGCAGCAGAACAACCACCCCCACGGGCAGCCGUACACAGGCCCAGCUGCCCAGCACAUGAACAACCCCCAGCGCCCCGGCCCUGUCCCUUCCUCUGCCCCAGGCCCUGCGCCCGGCACAGGCCCACAAGCACAAGACAACUGGGAGAGCACUGAGGAGGUCCCCUCCGUGGCCCCUGCUCCGCCUAAGGAGUAACACCGGCCCUCCCCUCUGCUGUGCCUCCAUCGUCCUGCUCUCUUUCCUCUCGUCGACCGACCUCCUGAUCGGGACACUCUCUCUCUGGGGCCUCAAGGGCACGGCAGGGCAGGCUUCACAGCUCCUCCCCAGGCUCCUGUGAGUCUCUCCCCCUCCAGCCUGCUCCUGUGCUGCCUGUCUGGGGGGGGGGGUGCUCUCCCCCGGGUUCUUAUGCCCUGCAGACUGGGGCCUGGCUGCUGUCGACAGCAGUGGGGUAGUGUUGUAAUAAACAUAAUGACCCAGGCCUGACGAUGCUGAUGCGCUUGUCUACAUGACAGAAAGGUGUACAUAAUAUGUUCAUGUUUUGACUGUUCAAAAAAUUAAUCCCCCGCAAUAGCGUAACUUUGUCAGGUUUGCUGUUGGGAGAUAAAAAAAUAAAACGCUUAAGAGAACUCUUUGUUUUAUCACCCAUGCACAGCAGUGCGAUUUGGUCUGACAUCAGUUACUGGUCAUUCACCUUUAGGAGGACACAUAACCUCUUGACCCAUGCCAAAUCAACUCACGUGCUGGGGUUUUAGUGUGAGACAUGGAAUGGUUGGUUGAACUUUUACUGUGUUUUGGUUGAUGUGAAAAAGUGAUGCAAAAUUGUUCUGGAACUCUCAUUGCCUUUUAUUUUUGUUCUGGUAAUUUAAUCCAAUCCUUUCGGAAGCUAUAGAUAAUAUGCUGUAACAUUUAGCAUGGCUUCUCACCAGAAUAGCGUAGCGCAGGGGAAAAUGUCAUCAUACCAACUGACGUCCUUAAUCCUAGAGGACACUUCCUUUAGGCUUUAUUAAUGCUCUUCUACCCACUUGUUGAACCAAUGUAAGAAUAAGUGGCUUUUCAAUUGCUAAAAUCCUCCAACUUCACAUUCGGCAAUCAGUUUAGUUUAUCUAUAGGAAUUGAGAAAAUUAAAAACAUAUGCAACAGAUUUGCUCUGCCGGCUACCUAAUGUGUACUAGAUGGUGUGGUUUGCUUCUGUCUCUUUUUGGUAGAGCCUAGUCUUAGACGACCGCUACCAUUCUUUCAUGGAGCUCACCGGGUGGCAGCAUCGGAGACCUCUCCCUCCAGGGAGAAUGGGAACACAGUAGGGUUAGAAGAUAUCGGCUGGUUAGUCAUGUUGCAACUUGAGCUAAACGUAAACAUCAGUAAAUACUGUAUUUAAUUGGUAAGUUUAACACGUGUAUUUUGGGGGAUUUGUCAAAUACCAAAUACUCUGCAUACCGUAUUAUAUUUAAAUAUUUUGCUCUUAUUUUAUAGAAUUUAUUUUGUUGUAUUUCACACAAAAAAAUAUUUGAUUUGAGGAACAUUUGUCCGUGUUAUUUUUAAUGGAGAUAUUGACUGAACAGAGUUCUGCGCCCAGUUUGCCGACUUUUGUUUUGGCCAUGGUGUGACGUUGAAUUCUGGAGCUACAGUCGCGAUGUGAACUUUCAGAGGUUUUGUGCACAGAAAUAUAAAAUAAAAAAGCAUUGCCCGUAGCAGAUAAAGAA